AUGGCACCUAAGGAACGACUCAUCCAAGAUGAGACUGAACCCCUGACCAAUGAUGAUAUUGAGUCGCGCUCUUCAUUGGACGACGGCUGCCUCUCCUUCUCCUCCGCAUCUACCACGUCACUCAUACUGGAACACAUAAAUGACCAGACCAAUAUGCCUAAAGCUAAGACGGAAGGAAGUCGAUAUCGAGAUGAGGAUGGUACGUCACCACACAAGGAAGAAAUUGAUGUUGAAGAGGGAAGGGGAUACUAUGGCACAAGUAAGCCGGUAGAUAAGAAAGCUCGGAGUGUUCUAUGGAUGCUGGGAGUGGUCUGCCUCGUAGGAUGGGCCCUCGCUCUACUCAUGUUCGUUUGGGGAGGGUCUUACAAACACUCCUCGACGAGGCCACACGAUCCUCUAGCCACCGCGUCCCGGGGGUCUGGGAAGAAAGUCACACUUGAUGAGGUCCAGGGCGGGGCGUGGAGGGCUAAGAAGAAAGGUAUUUCAUGGAUCGCUGGCGCACAAGGCGAGGAUGGUUAUGUUCUAGAAGAAUCAAUUCCUGGCAAGCCAUUCCUCGUAGUUGAAGAUGUCAAGAACAUUGGAAUGAAAGAAGUAUCAGAUAAGGGCAAGGUCCUGAUGAAGCAGGGUGGAUUCAUGGUUGGCGAGAAAUGGGUAUAUCCGAACGAUCUUUGGCCAAGUCCCGAUCUCACAAAGGUUCUUAUCAUGUCGGACAGGGAGAAGAACUGGAGACAUUCUUCCCAAGGGUUGUUCUGGAUAUUCGACGUCGAGAAGCAAAGUGGCGAGCCUGUAGAUCCUUCUACCCCAGAUCAGAAGAUGCAACUAGUCUCGUGGUCACCACAGUCCGAUGCCCUGGUAUUUACCCGGGAAAACAAUAUGUACAUCCGCAAGCUCACCGGACCCUCGGACAUACCCAUUCAAAUAACUCAAGAUGGCGGUCCGGAGCUGUUUUAUGGAGUACCUGAUUGGGUAUACGAGGAAGAAGUCUUCUCUGGUAACAGCGCGACCUGGUGGUCUGAAGAUGGUGAAUAUGUCGCAUUCCUACGGACCAACGAAUCAGCUGUACCUACAUUCCCAGUACAAUAUUUCCUCUCUCGACCAAGCGGCCAUAACCCACCAGAAGGCCUAGAGAACUAUCCCGAAGUGCGCGAUAUCAAGUAUCCGAAGGCCGGUGCCCCCAAUCCAAUCGUCAACAUGCAGUUCUACGAUGUUGCAAAGAAUGAGGUAUUCUCUGUUAACAUCACGGAAGAUUUUGCAGAUGAUACUCGCCUCAUCACUGAGGUUGUCUGGGCAGGCCGCACGAAGCAAGUCCUCGUAAGAGAAACGAAUCGCGAAAGUGACCUUCUCAAGCUAGUUUUGAUUGACGUAGUAGGACGUAGUGGUAAGACGAUAAGAACUCAAGACAUCAAUGCACUUGAUGGGGGUUGGAUGGAAGUGUCUCAAGACACUACCUUUAUACCUGCUGAUCCAAAGAACGGCCGAGAACACGAUGGUUAUAUCGACACAGUUGUACAUGACGGGUAUGAUCACUUGGGCUACUUUACUCCGCUUGACAAUCCAGACCCUAUCCUGCUCACCUCUGGAGAUUGGGAGGUCGUGGACGCGCCCUCAGCAGUUGAUUUGAAGAAUAAUUUCGUUUACUUUGUCUCCACACAAGUCAGCUCAAUGGAGCGCCAUGUAUACCGUGUAAAAUUCGAUGGGACUGGCCUCGCAGCGAUCACAGAUACAGGAAAAGAAGGCUACUACGAAGUGUCUUUCUCGAAAGGUGCCGGUUAUGCGCUUCUCUCAUAUGACGGGCCGAACAUCCCCUGGCAGAAGAUCAUCAACACCCCUAGCAACGAGGACAGCUUAGAGUUGAAGAUUGAGAGUAACGAAGACCUUGAAAAACUUGCACGAUCACACGAGCUCCCACUUCUAGUAUACUCGAGCGUGGCUGUGGAUGACGUUGAGGUGAAUGUCUUAGAAAGACGUCCGGCCCAUUUUGAUAAGAAGAGGAAAUACCCAGUCUUGUUUCAACAAUAUAGCGGUCCAGGGUCCCAGUCCGUUCAUAAAAAAUUCGCAGUCGACUUUCAGUCAUACGUUGCCUCCAGCCUGGGCUAUAUUGUGGUCACCGUUGACCCUAGAGGUACUGGCUUUAAAGGUAGAAAAUUUAGAUGCAUAACCAGAGGCGAUCUUGGACAAUGGGAAGCACACGACCACAUUGCGGUGGCUAAAGAAUUUGCGAAGAGGAAGUACAUUGACGAAGACCGUAUUGCGAUGUGGGGGUGGAGUUAUGGUGGCUUCCAGACAUUGAAAACAUUGGAAGUCGAUGCUGGAGAGACCUUUCAUUACGGCAUGGCCGUAGCACCUGUGGUCGACUGGAGGUUUUACGACUCAAUAUACACUGAGCGGUAUAUGCACACUCCCCAGAACAACGCGCAAGGAUUUGACAACUCAUCCAUCCACAACCCGGAAGCAUUGGGCCAGAAUAUCCGUUUCCUUGUUAUGCAUGGUGCAUCCGAUGAUAACGUACACCUGCAGAACACGUUGACGUUACUCGACAAGCUUGACAUGAAGGGCGUCGAGAACUAUGACGUGCACUUCUUUCCUGACUCGGAUCAUAGUAUUUACUUCCACAAUGCUAACAGAAUGGUGUACGAUAAACUCAGCAACUGGCUCGUCAAUGCCUUCAAUGGCGAAUGGCUCAAAGUUGACCAACCCGUUCCUAAGGCACAGAUUGAUGCUAGGGUACGUCUUCGGUGA